CGUUGCUGUUUGAAGCAGAUAUAAUCCGUAGAAUCCGCUGGAGUGCCGGACGUUGAGUGUUAUCUGGGUAGCCCCCUGGUCAGUCGGAAAAGUAGGAGGCCUGCACUCGUCACCAGCUGAUUGCCCGAGACGGGUCUUACUACUGGGAUGGUAGUACUAGAACCGUGGCAGUUGUAUGUAGGACCCAACAGCGUGGUUGACAGUUGAUUUUUGAGGAGGGGGGUGCAAGUGCAUGAAUUUUGAGAAAGUCCAGCAGAAGAAAUUCAAAAAUGCUCCCCAGCUUCUGCACCAACUGUUGUGGAAGUCAUGACUUCGGGUCAACAUAAACAGUCUCCCUAAAUGGAUUCAAAGUAUCGAGAAGAUUUAUUUAGGAAGUAUGUACAGCUUAUUGAGUCAAAACUGGAUGCGUCAGACUUCAAGCAGCGCCCCCUUAGUGAUGAUUAUCUUAAAAGUGCAGCUUCAGCCCUCCUUUGCCUUCAUCACACAGAGCCUUCAAAUAGAUUCAGGUUGAUACAGUUCUAUGAAGUAGCUGAAAAAGCUAUGAAAGUUCUGAAAUCUUCCAGUCUGUGCUGUCUGCGUACUGCUUUUGAAAUACUGGAGACAAUAUGCAUCAAUCUUAUUUUGUAUCCUUGGAAAAAGGAAUUCAGAAAGAUUAAGACGUACACUGGAGCUUUUAUGUACAGUAUAAAAUCGGCAAUAACGGAAGUGGAUAUCAAAUACAUUCUUGGUUGCAUCGGGUAUGUGCAAGAUGAGACUGUGUAUAAACUGAAGGAUAUGUAUAGUACCAUUCAAGUUAAAAAUGCCUCUUUUGAGUUGUUCUUGGCAAGAGUUGAGUGUGAACACCUUCUUGAAAUCCAUUCCCAAGUUAAGGAUAAAGGUUUUUCCGAACUCGAUGUUUUGCAUGAACGGAAGAAUGGUGUUGAUGAUGUAAGUGGAUGCAUUAAUGCUCUAAGAAGGCAUGCAGAAAUUUCAGAUGAUAUAAGUUCAUCCAUGACACGGAUGAUUUUGCGAAAGUCAGCUAGUGAAAGAGGACCUAAAGACUACUUAAAACACAAGGUUAGUAAGCCUUCCAAAUCUGUGGAUACAUAUGACAAUCAUUGGGAAAGUAAAAUGAAGCCCUCUUUGGCAACACCUUUGCCAUUUAAGAGAGAACCUUUUUUUGUCGAAGCAGCUGAAGAUGUAAAGGAUGAAAUUAUUCGACCACCUCAUUCUCUGCUUACUGUGUCAAUCUCUCCCCUUGGGAAUGCUGAUGAAUUCUUAAACGAUGGAACUGGAACAAAUCCUUCUUGUAAUUCUUAUUUUCCUAAUUUAGAUGAUGUAGAUUUGUACACAGAUCCUGAUUCCAGGAAUCUGAUGCAGUCAAAAAGGGUAGAUCAUCCUAAAGUUGAUGUGUGGUUUCAAAAAAACAAUAUAAACCCUUCACACCAUAAACGUGCACACACAACCAAAGAGACUGCUUGUAUUAAGUGCCAAAACUGUGGCAUAACGAGUGGUGGUACCUCUGUUUGCCAAAACUGCGACAUGAUUUUGUGUGGUCAUUGCCACUCAGAUGUUCAUAUCCCACACUGCAAACCAGACUAUCUGAGAUUGUCAAAACCAAGUAUCUUAACAUCUAGAACACCUGCUGUGACCAGUGACAAUUUUUAUUCUGGAACUUCACGGGAAAAAUCUAUAUGCCCACCACAAGACAGAUUGGCUACAUAUUCCACAAAGCUAAAGCCAACAAGUACUGUACGAUGUGGCUUUUGCAACAAAGUUGGAGCAUCAAACACUUGCACAUGUUGUUCAAAGGUCUCGUGUGAUAGCUGUAUAAUUGCAUACCCUAGUGACAUUUGUACCAGAAAAAAUGAGUGUCAUAAGUUCUUGCCUAACAGUCGACUAACCUAUAAAUCAAGCCAGGUGUCAUUUGUUCAUAGAUAAUUUUUUUAACAAGGGUAGUUUUAAAAUAAAGGGCUAAAAAGUACUGUAUUGAAUUAACUGAAAGUAUAUAUUUUCCUCUGAUCUGUCAGAAGGCAUUCAUAGAAAUGGUUUGUUCUUGUAAAUUGUAUCGAUAUUCAUGUUAACAUGACUCUUAUCCUUGCUCUUUAAAAUACUUGUAGCGCUUUUUUUAAGUGAACUCUACUUGAUUUUUAUUUAACCCUGCUUUUACUGUUUUUUCCGUCCUUUGUUUUAGGGACACCCAGCUUAGUUUUGUUUAAGGAACAGCUGUGAUGGCACACGUCCUUUUCUGAUGAAUAAAUAACUGGCUGUUGUGUUCAUUUCA